AUGCCUCUGCUUCAGUCUUGGGGCCUGGCACCUGCCAGAAAUGCCAUUCGCAAACUGUUCCGCCGGCCGUCGGCAGCUGUCAACGGCAGCAACACCUCGACAUGCUCCACCACCACACAGUCAAGACCAAACAUGGACGGCUCGACAACUCCAGCCCAAACAACGCACCAUCCAGUCACCACGGAGGAGAACCGAGAUCAUCUCCCCAUGCCAGUCGCCGUCGACCCAUACUCCGCCGCCUUGGCGGACAAGGAGAACCGGCUCCCAGAGGGACAUGAGCUGGAUGGAUUGAUUGCUUCUUUCAAGAAGCUGGGCCUGGAGGUGCCAGGCAUACCGGCAGUUGGGGACCCGGUGGUUCACCAACAGAAUGUCGAGGAGGAUCCGGCAGUUCUGGCAGAGCGGGCCCAUCAUUUGCGAUUUAUUGGCGAGGCACUUGACAUGGCCCGGCUAGCCUUGCGAACAAACGAAACUCCAGUGGGUUGCGUGCUUGUGCACAAAGGCACCAUCAUUGCCAAGGGAAUGAACGCGACAAACGUCACUCGGAACGGCACAAGACAUGCCGAGUUCAUGGCCAUCUCGGCCCUCUUGUCGUACCCGCCGAAGCAUGGCCCGCGGACGACGUCUCUGAAGCCGAAGCUGCGGCCCAAACCUGCCGACGACGCGUCGGACGCCGCUUCGGUUGACUCGAAAUCCCCCGACGAGGGCAACGAAGACGGCAAAAAGGGCCACCUCUACCCUUACGGCCAAAAGUUCCAUCCGGAUGCCAGGGUCAGCCGGGAAAUCAUCAGAGAGUGCAUCCUCUACGUGACGGUGGAGCCGUGCGUCAUGUGCGCCUCGUUGCUGCGACAGCUCGGCAUCAAAAAGGUGUACUUUGGAGCAGUCAAUGACAAGUUUGGCGGCACCGGGGGUGUCUUCAGCAUCCAUGCCAACUCGCUGCCCGUCAGUGACGACGGCCAGACGGCAAGCGCUCAUCCGACCCCGCGGCCGUCGCAGCUCCCAGAUGGCAGCGGGACCUUGGGCACGUCGUAUCCGCCCGGAGGGGGCGAUGGCGGCAACGUCGAGGACGGCUACGAGAUUGAGGGCGGGUGGGGGCGCGACGAAGCCGUCGGGCUGUUGCGCCGUUUCUACGUGCAAGAAAAUGGCCGAGCUCCCGUGCCGAGAAAGAAGGAAGGCAGAGCAGCACGCUUGGCUGCCAUGAUGGAAACCGACGAUGGCUCAUCGGGUGCGCAAAUGGGGGACGGCGAGCAGGAAGGGACAGAUACACCGGGAGAGGCCGAAAGGCAGAGCGUGUGCUCGAUUGCAGGUGAAGCUGUGGGCAACGCAUCAGCGGCCAAGGAAGAAGCGCAGGUGGAUGAAGAAUCGGCGUAA